CUCCUCCUUUAUUUGUGCACUCAUCCGGCAAUACGAUUCCCUUCAAGUUUGUUUAAUUAGUGUAGUGGCAGCUACAAUGUAGCUCGUAUAGGCAGGCCAAGCAAAGGACUCUUGUAAGCUAAACUCAGCACUGCUCACAAAAAAAGAAAUUGAAGAAAAACAUGAAGCGAGCACUCGAAUGCGAGGAUGACGAGGAAGAACUCCAAGAGACUCUUAGCCACGAUCAGGAUGAUACAAAUGCAAGGAAACGAAGACGAGGAUUGAUAGAGAAGAAAAGAAGAGAUCGUAUUAAUAGAUGCUUAGUGGAGCUACGCCGACUUGUGCCGACAGCUUUGGAGAAGGAGGGCUCCUCGAAGCUCGAGAAAGCUGAGAUCUUGCACUUGACAGUGGAGCACUUGAAAUGGUUAAGAAGCACAUCUGGACAAAGCCGCACUGUGUGCACAGAACAGAGUGUCACGGACUACCGCGCAGCAGGCUUUCAAGAGUGUCUUACUGAAGUCGCGAAGUACAUGGCUACGAUCAAUAACGACGAGUGCAUGGGUGACGACAAGGCCCGUCUGAUGGCGCAGAUGACAGGACGCUCACCACCGGUGAUUACAGACCGUGUCGCUGGUUAUCACUCACACCGUAAUGUUGUGUCUUUUUCCCCUGUCAUGCCCAUGGGUUGGCCUCUUGGGCUCGCCACCCCAGUGCCAAUACCACCCUUGCCAACCAAUCCCUCGCAAGCCCAAGUGAAAAAGGACCCUUCAGAUGAAGGUCCAGAAAUACCAGCUGACGCGGACGGCUCGCUAAAGACUCGACCAGGGUUUGAAGGCGGGGGGGUGCAGGGACUCCAAGGUGUGCUUGACCGUGAUGCAGUUCAUCUUGUUCGCUUUGGUCACCCUGUUGUACGAUACCCUAUCGACUUUCCAUUCUCCAUGAUGACAAAGUAUGGGGAGGGACUGUGUUAUCGACACCCGCGGGAGGGCGGGAAUACACGAAAACACCACGGGACACCUUAGAGAGCCUCUGUCAGCCGUCAUUUUGUCACCCUAGCUAAAUACCAAGUGCGAGAGAACAUUAUUUCUUACAUAUUGUGUGAUGAUAUACAGGCCCGUACCCAUCUGACUGUUCAGGUUGGAUCGCCUAGAAUUGUAAUCGAAGUGAGCUAGAAUUGUAGCUAUCCAAUAGGAUUGUAAACAAUUGGGUAUCGGUUUAUCGAGGUACAAAAGAGAAUUUAUUAUUGAA